GCAACGCGACCAGCGACCACCGAGCCAAAGCAGGCGGCAUGAGGCUUGAUUCAGUACAUUUAUCCAUGCUGGUCAUCGGGGUCUCAUUCGCCUGCUACUCCCCGAGUCUGAAUUCCCUGCAGGACCAGGCUUACAGGUCCGCCGUGGUGAUCGAGGGCAAGGUGCAGUCCACGCCUGCAGGGAACGCGUCCGCGGAGCCGUACCGUGUGAGUGUCAAAGUGCUGGAUGUUUGGCCCCUGAACAGCGGCGGUCUGGAGCGAGAACAGCUCGUCACCGUGGGGGAAUUUGGAUCUGAGGCUCCGUGCACCAAAGUGAAGAAGAACCACAAGUACAUCUUUUUCAUGGACCCCACGGACGAACCCUUGGUUUUCAAGGCAUCGUUCGCGCCCCUUGACACAAGUGGAAAGAACCUAAAGAAGGAUGUUGGGAGGAUCUUAUGUGAGGACUGCGCUGCUGCUCCAAAGUUAAAACCAAUCAAGAAUCCAAUAAUCGUGGGCGAGGGAAACAAGCUUACGGUGAAGUGUGAGGCCACAGGAAACCCUGUCCCUACCUACAGAUGGUUCAAAGAUGGCAACGAGCUGAAAAAAAGCCGAAAAGUCAAAAUCAAGUCCAACCUGAAAUUCUCCAGAGUCCAGAUCAGCAGUGCAAAACUGGAGGAUUCUGGGAAUUACACGUGUGUGGUGGAGAAUCCAUUGGGAAAGGACAACUCCACUGGCACCGUUAACGUCCAAGGCAUAACCACAACACCACCUCCAGGCUCAGGCCAUGCCAGAAGAUGCAACGACACAGAGAAGGCCUACUGUGUGAAUGGCGGCGACUGUUACUUCAUCCAUGGCAUAAAUCGGAUUGCCUGCAAGUGUCCAAAUGACUUUACUGGUGAUCGCUGUCAAACCUACGUUAUGGCCAGUUUCUACCAGCAUCUUGGGAUUGAAUUUAUGGAGGCAGAGGAACUCUACCAGAAAAGAGUCCUGACAAUCACGGGUAUUUGUGUGGCUCUGUUAUUGGUGGGCAUCUUGUGUGUGGUUGCCUACUGUAAAACCAAGAAACAAAGAAAGAAGAUGCACAAUCAUUUGAGGCAAAACAUGUGUCCAGAACAUCCCAAUCGUAACCUUGCUAACGGACCUAAUCACCCAGGACCCGGCCCGGAGGAAAUCCCUAUGGUAGAUUACAUAUCAAAGAAUGUCCCUGCAACUGAGCGAGUCAUACGACCCGCAACAGAGCGAUCAUUCCCAGCCAGUCAUGCCUCUUCCAGAUCUAAUAACUCUUCCACACGAGCCCACUCAUCAACUCAAAGACAUGAGGAACGGACAUGGAGCCUGGAACGUUCUGAAAGUUUCCUCUCUGACUCGCCGGGAAUGAUGUCAUCAUCCGUGGGGACCAGUAAAUGCAGCAGUCCUGCAUGCAUGGAGGCGCGGGCGUGGCGAGCUGCUCACUGUGGUUACUCUGAUCCCCAUCGGCCGGGGCUGCAGUACGGGGAGUCGUUCGACUCGCUGGGAGACUCGCCGCACAGCGACAGGUACGUGUCAGCCCUGACAACACCAGCCCGCCUCUCCCCGGUGGAUUUCCAUUACUCAUUGCCCCCCCAGGUGCCUACAUUCCAGAUAACAUCUCCCAAUGCCAGCCAUGCCAUGUCGCUCCCUCCUGCUGUCCACAACCCAUAUCCUCUGGAGGAUGACCAGCCGCUGCUGCGCCGCUACCAGGUGCCCCUACAUGACGCCCAGUGCCAGGAGCCCUAUCGACAGCAGCGCCGCACCUACCAAAAGGACAGCAGGGGCAGCCUACCCUCCAGCCCCUACCGGCUGGCUGAGGAAGAAGACUAUGAGACCACCCAGGAGUACCUCUCCUCUCGGGAGCAACCAAAGACAAGUGGGUCCGGUGAAACUGGUAGCCGGCGCUGGAGGAGAUCCAGACUGAACGGCCACGUGGCACCGCGUGGAUACGAGGCAUCUCGAGACUAUGGAUCUCGAAGCUGCCUAACAGAAAGCGAGUCAGAGGAGGACGGUGAGAGCACUCCCUUCCUCAGUAUGCAGAACAUGAACGCCGAACCCUCCACCAUCUACAGGCCGGUGGACAGUCGGACUUCUCACUCAUCGGGGUGGCACAGUGGGCGUGGCAACAUGCAUACAAGACUUACACAGUCGCGCUCCAAACCGGACAGUACGCCCCAUUAAAGAGUGAUGAUGAACCAACAAAAAUCAAUAUAGUAUAGACCUGCAUCUAUAAGAAAUAUUUUUAUUUUAUAUAACUGACAGAUAUUCUAAACAAAUGAAAUAUUUAUUUUCAUUUUAGCAAAGUUGUCUACUAGUUAACAGCAAAGAAUUUUUUAUAGGGAAAACUCUAUUUAUAUGUACAUUUUGAUUUACAGCAUAAAAAAAGAUGUGCCAGUUUUUUCACAACGUAAAAAAUAGAGUAAUAUUGUGGUGCCUUUUGCUGUUUGCUGAUGCCAGAGGGCCAGUGGAGGUUUUGUAGCCUUUCUUAUAUGGACGCCUCAUUUUUUUAUACACAUUUAUGUUUUUUUGUUCUGUCUGAUUUUUUUUCCUGUCUCACUUUCUUUCCAAAAAAUACAUUCUCUGAGAAGUCUGUCCCCACUGGAGCAUAACCUCUUCCUUGUCACUCAAUAUAAACCACUUCAACAUAAAGUGUGUGUUUACAUUAAUAUGAUUCGUCCUGUAGGGUUUGGUGGUUUGGGAUGGAAUAGAACACCUGAUAAAUACAAUAUAGAAUAUCUCUAUCCUCUGACUGAUGUGUUCCCCCGAGAAAUGCAGAAAGAAGGUUGAGGUGUUUGGUUUGAGUGUGCCCACAAAUGAAUCAGUGUGAGUGGGUGUUUGUGUGUGUAACUUUGCUGGCAUGUAUUUUUGAUUGUUAGGUGAAUAUUGUGUAGUAGGAUCAAAUGUGUGGAUCUCAGGAGAGCAUGCAAUGAUGACCCCCCACCCCCAUCUCCUUCCUCUUGUGUUGGUUGUCAAGUGAGGUGGGGAUGUGUCACGCAGGUCAUUGCUUAAUGAUGUGUUUAUAACUAUGUGACCCCGAGCCUGCCCCUAUUCUGUCGAUUUUAAAAUUUUUUCCUUGCAGCUUUUUUAUUCAUGUUAGUCUUGUACGAGGCCAAUAAACACUUAGCUGCUUGGCACAGAUGGAGGGAUACCUACAUUGGAGACCAAAACAAAAGAUAUCAUCUGUUUUCACUCAAAACCACUUCUCCUCGUACAUGUCAUUAACAUUCUGUUUCCAUUCUGUUUCUGUGGCUCAUGUUGAAGGCCACACAGUGUCUCAGGAUUUCCACAUAUUCCCCUCCUCCUCACACCCACUUUCACUUCUCCUCCGUCCUCUUCUUUAAGUAAGGUCUUCCUAAGACGACGAUUCUCCUAAGUUGAGGACUUGGAGGUUAACACAGUCUAUCAGUUCCCUGACCCCUCCCUUGCAAACAAAAGGAAAGCCAGGUUGAAGCAGCUAGUUUGGAGGAGAGUAAAGACAAUGUAAUGAAAUAGGUGUGAAAACUAUAGAGGAUCAUAAAAAUGCAAAAAUAUGCAAACUUUAUAUUUUGCUGUUCGAUUACAUUAUUUUCUAAGAGGUGACUGUAGUGUGAUUUGUGUGCAAAAAUCUCUGUAAUGCCUGUAGUGUAGAAUGAGACAAAUGAGUACAUAUCUGAGUUCUUUUCUGAAGCCAUUAUGCAGACAUCUAUCCAUUUGUGGAGGCUUUCUCCUUCACUUGCCCAUAGAAUAACUGUGUCCAAGACACAGGUGUGUUUAGACCACUCCACCUUACACACAUACUUCCAAAUACUGUCUCCUCCAGUAGUACUGUGUACUGCUUUGUCUGUUUGACAAAUUUUAUCAUGUUCAAUUUAUAUGUAAAUGUUUCAUUUCUUUUAAGAUGUUCAUAUAAUUAUCAAUAUCAUCCUCAUUCAAAGUAGAGAUGCGCCAAGAAUCAAACUAACCUAGUCCGGUGACUGGUCAGUCAGGAACUCAAAAAUCUCUUUCCAAACAUUGAACACAUCAUUUGUAGGCACUAGCAGGUCACCCUGACAAUUAAACAUUUCAGUGUGCACGCUGUUGGAGAAGAAGAGUAAAAGGUCUACAGCAAAACAGUUACAUCCCAAAAAGACCAGGCCAUCCCUGAGCUGCUUCUGAUCAUUCAUAAAACUCAAAUCAAGCUCGUGAUACGCACCAACAUGAGCUUUGAAAGAUCAAACCAACUUUGCAGAACCAAAUAGAGAGGUCAAUAGAGAGUGUUAGACUUAAUGUGUCUCUGUCUAAAACAUGUCAGUGGUGCAUGAUGUCUUUUCAGCUUUAUUCUUUUUUUCAAGCAUCACCACAUUUUCAGGAAGUAUCCUUGGCUGAAUUCCAGGGAUCUCUUUUUUUAUGGCAAGAAACUAUGUGCAUGGUGGAGGUUUUGCCUUAAAUGCACCAGUUACCUUGGCAUACAGAUCAUCUAUAAUCGCUACAUCACACACUAAAUACUAGCUCUCCUAAGUCAACUGAUAUAUCGCUCUGACUGCCUUGCUUGAUGAGUCAGAGAACGUAACGGGAAGUGGUUGGCUUCAACCCCCUCACUACGUACUACUCACUACUCACAAAACAAAUGGAGAUGAUGAAAAAGUCUUCUAACUCCUGUUUUGAAUUGUUACUGAAGGGUGGUAAGGUUAGCUAUUUUCAUUAUCAGUAAGGAGUUUAAGAAUAAAGUCUGAGGAAGAACUUGAAUGUAAAAGAUUAUAUAAAAGGAAACUUUUCUACAGAGGCAUGUUACAUGAUCAUUCAUGCUACAGCAUUAAAGCGCUAGCAUUCUCCAGAUGCUGGUCAUUUUGCUUCCUUACCACCUUGUACUUCUGCACUUUUAAACAUUUCUUAGCCUUUUUCUGUUACAAGAAGCUGUCUGCAACAGGACAUCAGUUUGUAGUAGCCUUUGGGGUAUUUUGUCAGUGUUGCCACUUUAGCAACUUUGUUCAACAUUUAGCUAGUACACAGAGCCCUCUGUUAAUUAUUUUUAAAAGAUGAGUGACAAAUCUCGCUAGUUUUGGGUGUUACUGGAGAGCGUUGGAGAUGUAGACAUGAAAGCUCAUAUCGGUUUUGCUUUUCUCAGCAAGCAGCAGGUGCUUUAUGGGCCUGUGUUCCAAAGCACUCACUGGUCACCCAGUCCUCACUCAAUAGUACGUCCAAGCUGCAGACAGAAUUGGAAAAUUUUGCCCCAUUUGCUUCCAGGCUGUAAUGGCCUCUUUUAGCUUGUUUCUCUCAGUCCCAUGUCUGGAUAAAGGGUCCGAUAUAUGACAAUUAAAAAGAACAAGAAUUGACAGAACGUUUAAUUCUGAACAUCUUCGUUCGUUUUUUCCCCACUUUUUCUAUGUCCCAAAACAUUCUUUCUUCCACAGUGUCUGUUACAAAUAUAUGCACAUGGCAAACUAUGUCAAUUAGAUGAUGACAAUGACAAGCUAAUAGCUACUUUUCCUUUUGAGGGGUUGACAAAACUGCAUUUUUACAGUAGCAAAAGAGCAAAUUUUCCUCUACAUACCAGGAAGGCUGAACUUAUUGCAGCAAAUAUUCUUAAUUUUAGCGUCUCAGAGUUAAGGUAAUGGUUAACAUUCACUAGCGAAUACACACAGAGACUGGUGUUCAUAUCUAAUAAUGCUAGGGGCACUAAUCAUGCUAAGUGCUUAUAUAAGUAGCCUAAAUCAUCUUAACAAGGCCACUCCAUAUUAUUUUGUCUUUGUUUUAAAACAGUAAAUCCCUGUUUUACAGCAUCUAUUCUCUCAAACACAUUAUAGAAUGUCACCUUUCAUUCUAUAAAUAAUAACGACCUCUCAAGGAAUGAAAGGUAAUCAAGAAAAGGCUACUAAUCUCUAAUAAUGAUCGGUGUAUCUCUACUUUAAAUGGACAUGGUAAGAAGCAAAUGUGAAUAAUAAUACAUCACACUUGGUCUGUUCCUUUUUAUUCUUUUUGAAAGAGCAGCUGAAUGCUGUAUUGCCCCAUACAUAUUGACCCACAAUUGUCAAAAAAAGAUUGAUCUGCAAUUUACAGCAAAUGCACAGAGGUAUUGUUGUAGAGAAAGGUUUCUGGUAACACCUCCAUCAUAGUUUCCAGGUAUUUCAUCAGGUUUACCUCUGGGUCUAAUUUUGUAUGUCUGAAUGAGGCGAGAGAUGACUCCACACCUCUAGUGUAAAUGUGAUACCCCCUCCCCUUUGCUGAUCCUCUCACAUAAUUGAUAUGGUACCAGGCAUGUCCUGCCAGUCUCUUCUUUCUUUGAUUUUAUGACCCCCCACACCUGACCCCCCCCCUCGCUUGAAAUGUUUGAACACCUCUCCUCUGCAUGUCCUUGUGGUCAAGGUUAGAUGGGUGCAUGGAUACUUGAAAAAAAAAGGAAGAAAAAAUGAAGCAGCAGACAAUUAUUUUCCAGUCAGUGAAAGUGUAUUUUAUUUAACAUUCAGCAAUAAAAAAAAAAAAAUCCUUUCCCCCUCUCAUGUCAUUCCUGAAAUAUGCUAGAAAAAAUAAACAAGUAAAACAUGCGAGGCUGUCAUAGAUUGUAAAAUAAAAUGCAAAAAUGAAUCCAAGUGUUCAUAUGAAAAAUAAAUCUUUAUUCAUAUCA